AGGAGCCAUGGCGGGGGACAUGGUGGUCGGGAUGCUCUUCAACUUAUGGCUGCCGCUCAGCUUGCUGGCUGCCUCAUCGUUUCGCUACAACGGACUGUCGGUGGUCUACUUCCUGUUUCUGCUGGCUGUGCCGCUGCUGCCCAACCCCAGUCUGCUUACCAUGAAAGGUAGAACAGGUCAGUUCUUGCGCUGGAUCUGCUACACCUGUGUCACCUUCCUCGCCCUGCAGUGCUUCAUGCAGAUCCCCUUCGCCUACAUCAGUCCUCAGGUCAGUGGCCACUGGGAGGACUUCCUCUACCAUGUGGGCAUCAUCAGACUGAGCUCCGUAGACCCAGGGAAUAUCAUGCGCCUCCUGGCCCCGGACGUUGGCCUGUUCACGUCCACCGUCUUUAUGGUGAGACUGAGUAAGAAGCUGCUACGUGCCGCGCCUCAAGUUAACCUCCACGAGAACGGGAUCCCGCCCUCUGACCCCGAGGAGCCGGACACGUCCGACACCGAGUCCGAGGCGGACAGCGAGAGUUCCGGCAGCUCGGACCAGAGCACGGUGCCGCUGACGAGCAGUCCGCCUCAGUUUGUUGAGAAGCUGCUGAUGUUUGCAGUGGGACUGAGGCUGCUGUUGUCCACCAUCAUGAACACGGCCGGGAAGGUGGUGGUCACCUUGCUGCUGGGCCUGGCAGGUAUAAUCCUUCCGUCCCUCACCUCCAGCGUGUACUUUGCCACCUUCCUGGGACUGGUGUGGUGGUGGAUCUUCGGCCGCCCCAUCAGUCUGCUCCUCUUCAGCUCCCUGUGUGUGAUGAUGGCCAUCUUCAGCGCCGGCCACCUUCUGGCCAUUUACGUCUACCAGCUGCCGCUGUCCCAGCAGGUGGUGCCGCCUGAUGACGUCUACGCCAGGUUGUUUGGGAUGACGGGAGUGAUACGGACCAACAGUUCUGAGCCGUACGUGCUGCACAUGCAGCCCCGUCUCAGCUGGCCUGACUUGGUCAACCCUCUGGUCCUGCUGCUGCUCUACUACACGCUGCUGGCGCUCAUACACAAGUGGGCGCUGAUUACAGAGCAGGAGAAUGCUGAUGAGAGUCUACUUGACACUCAGGAUGUUCCUCCAAGCUUCUCCAGAGUGGUUUACAUCUCGGGAGACCAGCAGGAGCUUUUGAACAGCACAGAGGAGGAUACGUAUCUCCCUAAUGAGCCAAUGAUUUCACUGAGGGGCCCAUCUUGGCAGGACAUGUGUGGACACCACCAAGGCAGCCUGCUAGGGGGCGCUGGCUACACCAACUGUUACCCUCUGUCACAGUAUGACUCACCUGGUAAACAUGUAACCUCACCUGAAAGCCCAGCUGACCUGGACCUGGCUGACCUGGACCCGGCUAACCUGGAUAGGACUGACCUGGACAGGACUGACCAAGGCUUGGAGAGUCUGACGUUGAGUUCUAGUCCUCAGUCAGGACCCAGUGGUCUGGUGCUGGUUGGACGACUGGUGCAGAAACACAGCUAUGUCAGUGCUCUCAUCAUCAUGAUGGUAUGGAGUAUCACCUACAACAGCUGGCUGACCUUUGCCCUGCUGGUGUGGUCCUGCAUCAUCUGGAUGAUGCGCGACCGCCGCCGCUACGCCAUGAUGUCCGCCCCCUUCCUGGCCGUGUACGGCACCGUCUUGGUGGUGCUGGGCUUCGUCAGUGGCUUGCGUCUGAGCCGGGCCGAGCUGUACCCGGGACUGCCCCCCGCCGUGGUGGAGGACUUUGACCUGAGCAGCUACCACCCGGCGCCCUGCAUCCACCUGGGAGCCAAGGUUUUCUACUCCUUCAGUUUCUGGUUGAUGUUUGGUCAGCAGCUGAAGGAGCGCCAGGAGGAGCAGAGUCGGAAUACCACAUCUGUCCAAGGUAUCCUUCUUCUUCCUCCAGCAGAAGAAAGUCAGCCCUCAGCGAUGGUGGCCAUGCUGAUCUCAGGAGUGAAAGGAGUCCUGGUCAAGUACUGGAUCCUCUUCUGCUGCUCUAUGUUCUUUGUGGUCAGCUUCUCAGGAAAGGUAGUGGUCUACAAGAUUCUCUACAUUGUCCUCUUCCUCUCCUUCGUGGUGCUCUAUCAGGUGCGUUUUGACCUGUGGCGUCGCUACCUGAAGACCUUCUGGGCGGUGGUGGUGGGCUACUCCAUGCUGGUGCUGCUCACCAUCUACAUGUACCAGUUCAGGAGUGUGUCGGAGCUCUUCCGACAAAUCAUGGGCAUGUCGGAGGAAGGCCUGCGGGAUCUGGGUCUGGAGCGCUACGACACGGUGGAACUGUUCACACGCAUCCUACUUCCUGCUGCCUUCCUGCUGGCCUGCAUCCUGCAGCUGCACUACUUCAACUUGGACUUCCUGCUCCUCAGCAACCUGGAUAUGGUUCCUGUCAGGGCCGCCAGCAGAGAAGAGGACCUGAGAAGUUGUGUCCAGCUGAUAUCUGACAUCAUCAAAGAAAACAUUGACAAGUUCCAAAAAAGACUGGUGAAGGAGAGCAUGAGCGGUGCAAGAAGUCAGGAGACUCUGGACAUGCUGGACCUGCAGACCACCUCAGAGAUUGGAGAUGAGGAGAAGGAAGAAGAACCUUUGAGCAGCGGAGGUGAAGACAAGUGGCUCCUGAUUGUGGACCGGGCUGGAGUCUUGCUCAUCCAGGCUCUGCUCGGCCUCCAGAGGCUCCAGGAGCUCAGCUGGAGAGUAAUGGAGCUCCACGGCUUCAAGAUAGUGUCCUCCGGCAUCAUCUGGGUGUCACUGAGAGAGGUUUCUCUCAUGAACUCGCUCUUCCUGGUUCUGUGGGUGUUCGCUAUCCCGUUCCCACGGUUACGACCCACGGCAUCCAGCGUGUCGGCCGUGUGGGCCUGCGUCAUGGUGGUGUGCAAGAUGUUCUACCAGCUGAAGCUCAUCAAGCCUGUGGAGUACUCCUCCAACUGCACCUCUAGUCUGCUGGCCUCCAACUCCUCCAGCGUGGAUGUGGAGCUGAGGAAGAACAUGGUGGAGCUCCUGAAGAGGUCCAUCCUCUACAUGGAUUCUGUGGAUCCUGUCUUGUGGUGUGGAGCUCUGGUCAAGUGUGAGGGGAGGAUCCUUCCCUGCCUGAGGAACCAUCUGCUGGUGCUGGCUCUGCUGGUGUUUGAGGCCACCAUCCAUCGCCACCAGAUCUACUUCCGUCUCCAUAACAACCUGAAGGCCCCGCCCUUCAGCAUCAUCUUCCAGGGCGUCGGCAGGCAGCACAUGGACCUCGGCGUGCGGCCCUGCAUCAAGUACUUCAUCAACUUCUUCUUCUACAAGUUUGGACUGGAGGUCAGCUUGAUCGUGGCAGUCAACGUGAUCGGCCAGAGGAUGGACUUCUACGCCUUGCUGCACUCCUGCGCUCUGAUGGCGGUGGUGUCACGGCGCCGCAGGAAGGCCAUCGGGGAGGUGUGGCCUAAGUACUGCUGCUUCACGGCGGGCCUGAUGGUGCUGCAGUACCUGCUGUGCAUCGGCAUCCCUCCUGCCCUCUGUGUUGAUUACCCAUGGAGGACUUCACUCCAUCCUCUCAGUUCCAACGUCAUCAAGUGGUUUUAUCUGCCAGACUUUGCCAUGCGUCCUAAUCCUUUAUUCAUAUUCUACGACCACCUGCUGCUGCUGUGCUCGUCCUUACAGUGGCAGGUGUUUGAGGAGGAGAACCGGGCGGUGGUGCGACUGCUGGCAGGAGAGAAUGUGGAGAUCAGUCGCAGUUUGGACCCCAGCAGCUGCAAGCAGUUCAUACCUGUGGACAACUUCCUGCACUGCAGGUCCUACCUGGACAUGGUGAAGGUGUUUGUGUUCAGCUACUUCUUCUGGCUGGUGCUGUGCCUGAUCUUUAUCACGGGCACCACGCGCAUCAACAUUUUCUGCCUGGGCUACCUGGUGGCCUGCUUCUACUUCAUGCUCUUCGGGAGCAGCGUGCUCAUGCAGCCCGUCAAGUACAUCCUGCGCCUGUGGGACUGGCUCAUCGCCUACACCUGUUUCGUCAUCGCCAUGAAGAACGUGGUGUCGCUGGGUUCCUGCGCUCUCCUGGACAGUUUGUUGAAGAACGGCUGCUGGUUGAUUCAGGCCUUCAGCAUGUUCUGCACCAUUAAAGGCUACGACCCCCCCGAGCCGGAUGAGGAGUGCGAGCUGCCAGAGGGCGAGGCUGGCAUCGUGUGGGACGCCAUCUGUUUCACCGUACUUUUAGCCCAGAGGAGAGUCUUCCUCAGCUACUACUUCCUGUACGUGGUGGCCGACCUCAAGUCGUCAAAGAUACUCGCCUCCAGGGGGGCCGAGCUGUUCGAGGCCAAGGUGAAAAAGCAGGUGGCGGCCCGGCUGGAACUGGAGAAGAAGUCUGUGGAGACGCUGAAGAAACAGAUGGAGAAGAUCAAAUCCAAACAGAGAGGUCGGCCGACAGCGACGGACAAAGCAGGACUUCCUGUCGAUCAGAAGACACGUGAUGCAGAAGACAAGGCUAAGAGAGAUGCAGGAAAAUGGUGGAAGCCUUGGGUCUCCAAGCCUGGAGUGGAGAACAACUGUGGCUACCACCUGUUUGAGAGCGACAGCGAGGAAGAGGAGGACCAAGACGCUCCAGAGAAAAAAGACCAAGAAGUGCCUCUGAAGAAGAAAUCUGCGUUCCAGCUGGCCUACGAGGCCUGGAUCACCAGCUCCAAGGCGGCCUUGAAGAACCUGAGCAGGGAGAAGAGGAGGAUGAAGAAGGAGGAGAAGAAGAGAGCCAAGAGAGAACUUCAAGCACAGCAGAGUGUGGACAGAGUGGACUCAAGUGAAGAUGAACUGGAUGAGAGCACCACAAGGGAGAAGGUGGAGGAAGAUAAAGAAAACAUCUUGCAGCGCUUGGUUAGCACUUUGAGGUUCCUCCUGGUGUUCCUGCAGUCUCUGGUGGACGACCUGACUCAGAGCCUGAACUCCCUCUGCAAAGAGAACUUGGACAUUUCCAAAGUGUUGCUCCUGGAGCGAGCUCUGCUCAGCCAGCAGCAGAAGAAGGGCAAAGAGGUGAGCCAGGAGAGCGUCAAGCAGUUCUACGACAGCUGGCUGUCACGUCAGAACACCUUGUCGUCGCCAGGAGAUGUAGAAGAUCCACCUUCACCGCCUCCUGCGCUGUCCUCCUCACGCCACGCCUACGCCCAGCUGAGGAACCAGGCCUCCAAGACGUCCUGGGCCAGCAGUGUGUCCAGCUGUGGGACUGAAGAGACCAUGCUGGGAUCCAGGCAGCCCACCCAGGAGGAGCUGGAAGAACCUCCUGGAACACCAGCUGCUGACCAUCUCAGGAGGACACUCUUCAGGUCUGCUCAUGUGGACUGGACCUCCUACGAAGACCAUGGACUCUCUCCUAGCAUGUGUGAAAGAACCUUAAAAGAAUAUGAAGACAAUGUGGAAGAGGAUGAAAAGAGACAUGAUGAAGAGUUGGAUGAAGACAAGUUGGAUGAAGAUAAGUUGGAUGGAGAGGAGUGGAAACAACGUCAGGGAGGUGAUGAUGGUGAUGUUGAUGAAGAGCUGCAUCAUUUUGAAGAAGACUACCCAGAAUGCACCUGUGUGGAGGAGACAACUUUCAAACCUUUAAGUCAGGAAACCAGGAACCUGACUGCCAGUGAACUGCUGCUCAACAAAAUGUUUGAGAACGAGGAGAUCUCAGAGUCGGACAAGUUCUUCCUGAGGCUGCCCAGGCCUCUGAAGCUGACCUUUGCCCUCUACAACACCAUGGUGUCCAAGUCUGAGAUGUUGUGCUACUUUGUCAUCAUCCUCAACCACAUGGUGUCUGCAUCCUUCCUCUCCUUCAUGCUGCCCAUCCUCAUCUUCCUCUGGGCCAUGCUGUCUGUGCCCAGACCCACCAAGCGCUUCUGGAUGACCGCCAUCAUCUACACCGAGCUCAACGUGGUGGUCAAGUACUUCUUCCAGUUCGGAUUCUUCCCGUGGACCACCUCCGCCUACCGAGGCAUCAACGCCGAGCGCCCCUUCGCCCUGCCCAACAUUCUGGGAGUGGAGAAGAAGGACGGCUACGUGCUCUUCGAUCUCAUUCAGCUGCUCGCGCUCUUCUUCCACCGCUCCAUCCUCAAGUGCCACGGGCUGUGGGACAACAAGGAAGUGGAGAUGCCAGACUUCUUCAAGAAGCUGAAGAAGAAGGCAGACAGGAAGAAGGCGACGGGAGGAGAGAAGAAGGAGAAACCAGGCCGAGGUCUGAGGUUCCUCCCUCUGCAGUCCUCCACCACCUCCAUCCUCAGGAGGCUGAAGAAAGCCGACUCGGCACAAUCUGACGGUAAGCCCACGGCGCAGAAGAAGAAGAAGAAGAGACAGAACAAGCCUCCUCUGACCAGGAAGCAGAGGAUCAGGCAGCAGAUCAAGGAGAAGAUGCUGCGAGCUAAAACCACAGUCAUAGAAGUCGCCCUGCACAUCUACUUACCCAUAAGGCAGUUCUUCUACGACAUCAUCCACCCAGACUACAGCCCUGUGUGUGACGUCUACGCCCUCAUGUUCCUCAUCGACGUGCUCAACUUCAUCGUCACCAUCUACGGAUACUGGGCUUUUGGGAAAUACUCUGCAGCGGCCGACAUCACCGAGUCCCUGUCCGAGGACCAGGUCCCUGAGGCCUUCCUGGUCAUGUUGCUGAUCCAGUUUGGGACCAUGAUUGUGGACCGAGCUCUGUACCUGAAGAAGUCCCUGCUGGGCAAGUGUGUCUUCCAGGUGGUGCUGGUCUUUGGGAUUCACUUCUGGAUGUUCUUCAUCCUACCAGGAGUCACUGAAAGGAGGUUCAACCGCAACCCGGUGGCCCAGCUCUGGUACUUUGUCAAGUGUAUCUACUUUGGCCUGUCUGCGUACCAGAUCAAGUGUGGCUACCCCAACCGCAUCCUGGGGAAUUUCCUCACCAAGAACUACAACUACCUCAACCUCUUCCUCUUCCAAGGCUUCCGCUUGGUCCCCUUCCUGACGGAGUUGCGGGCCGUGAUGGACUGGGUGUGGACCGACACCACGCUGUCCUUGUCCAGCUGGAUCUGUGUGGAGGACAUCUACGCCAACAUCUUUAUCCUCAGGUGCUGGAGGGAGUCUGACAAAAAGUUCCCCCACCCUGCAGGUCAGAAGAAGAACAAGGUGGUGAAGUACGGCAUGGGAGGUUUCCUCAUCUUCGCCCUCAUCUCCAUCAUCUGGUUCCCCCUCCUCUUCAUGUCUCUCGUCCAAAAAGCAGCCGGCGUCACCAACCAGCCUCUGGACCUUUCCAUCCAGCUCAGCAUCGCAGGGUACCAGCCCUUAUUCACCAUGAGUGCACAAGAGCAGAACUUGGUUGCCUACUCAGACGCUGGAUUCAACCGACUCACCAAAAUCUACGCUACCUACCCGGGUGCCAUGCAGUUCCUGAUGAACUAUCAGGCUGAGGACUUGGUAGUUGCCAAGAUCAAGAGUGAUGCUAGUCUGUUGUGGACCGUCAGUCCUGCUAGUCGCCAGGACAUGAUCCAGGAACUAAGUACUUCUCCUCACGUCUACAUCACGCUACGAUGGACCCUCUACAGGAACGCUUCCAUCUCCAUGCAUGCUAAGAGUGCAGGAGAACACACGGUCAAGUAUGAUGACCACACCUUGAAGGAAGGAAUCCUGCGCAUGCUCAAGGGCGACAGCAGCCAGCACGUGAUGAUCAACUCCCUGCUGCCAAAGUUCCUGAGGGGACCCAAAGGGGCAGAGUCCAAGAUGGCCACCAGGAUGGACGUGGGGCCGACGGAGCGUCCAGAAGUCCUGUCCUUCUUCAGACCUUUGACAUUGUCACUGCAGAAGGUCAACAGCUCCUCCCAGCAGGAAGCUGACCAAUGGUGGCUUCUGCAGGAGUGCCCGCCCUCUCCGCUCUCGUCCAAUCACAAGUGUCGCAGCAUCGAGAUCACAGUCUUCAACGACAAGGUCAGCCCCGCAUCUCUGGGCUUCCUGGCUGGACACGGCAUCGUGGGUCUCUACAUGUCGGUGGUCUUGGUCAUCGGUAAAUUCGUGCGAGAGUUCUUCAACGGCAUCUCCCGCUCCAUCAUGUUUGAGGAGCUGCCGUGUGUGGACCGUGUCCUCAAGCUGUGCACAGACAUCUUUGUGGUGCGCGAGACGGGCGAGAUGGAGCUGGAACACACACUCUUUGAGAAGCUCAUUUUCCUCUACCGCUCGCCAGAGACCAUGAUCAAGAUGACCAGAGAAAAGAAGGACAGCUAGCAAGCUACACCACACAAACGUCCAAUUGUCUCCCUUUCUUCAACUCUUUGCCUUACGCGUUACUAACAUGUUACAGAUUAAUUACAUGUUACUAACUUGUUACAUGUUAUGUUACUAACUUGUUAGUUACGUUACUAACUUGUGUUACUAACCUGUAAUUUACAUCUAACUAACCUGUAACUGUGUUACCAUCUUGUUAGUUUAAUGUAUCCUGUUAAGUUUUUUUUGUUACUAGCAGGUAACGUGUUACUAAUCUGUAACUUAACGCAUUACCAUCUUGUUAGUGUCAUAUUGCUAACCUGUUACAUGUUGCUAAUGCGGUACUAACAUGUUUGUUUAAUGUUCCUAACCUAUAGCUAACUUGUAACAACCCUUUUAGUUACAUGUUACUAACCAGUAACUUGGCACUAACGUGCUACUAUCUUGUUAGUUUCAUAUUACUAAUGCUUUACUAACAUGUUAGUUUAAUGUUAUUAACCUGUAACUGUGUUACUAAUGUUACUUACCAGUUAGUUCUGUUAAACUGUUAGUUGUUUCAUGUUGCUAACCCGUUACCAGAGUAGUUUCAUGUUUAUAACCAUGACUAACAUGUUAUUAACCUGUAACUUGUUAGUUUCAUGUUACUAACCUUUUACUUUCAAGUUACUAACCUGUUCGUUCUGUUAGCCUGUAGUUCCAUGUUACUAACGAGUUACAUUUGUUUCAUGUUAAUAACUUGUAACUUAAGUGUUACUAACCUGUUAAUUCCAUGUUACUACCCUGUUACAUGAUACUUACCUGUUACUAACAUGACUAAGUGAUUGCAUGUGUGUGUAAUUAGGAUGCACUUCCUAAUGAGAGGUCAUGUUGCGUGUAAUUCUUGACUGCAACCAGCAGAGGCGCUGUGAUGUUUGCUGUCUGAACGAGUCCAUCAUCAUUACUCGUUUCUUCUAUUUCAGUUGAAUAAUAAAACUUAA